AUGGAUAUAAAGGAGCAACCUAGUGAAAAAACUUCCUACGCAAAUCUUACUCAUACGAAUGCAGUAGUUGUUGAUCCGGCCCUUCAAUCUGAUCCGACAAAAACAUCAGGUGCUUUCCAAAGUGUUGCUUACAGCCAACCGUACGGCCUGAUUAUGAGCCCUGCGAACCCGUUUGUUCUUGGUGCCACCAGUACUCCCCCUACUGCAUCAUCAGGCAUCGAAGAACAAGAAGAACCGCUCUAUGUGAAUGCUAAACAAUAUCACCGAAUUUUGAAAAGACGAGCGGCUAGAGCAAAAUUGGAAGCAGAAAAUAAAAUACAGAGGGGUCGAAAGAAAUAUCUCCACGAAUCUCGUCACAAGCACGCAAUGCGUCGACCUCGUGGGCCGGGUGGUCGCUUCCUCACCGCAGCUGAAAUUGCGGAAAUGGAACGACAAGAAAAGAAGGAUAAUGAAAAUAAUUCUUCACAGACACAAGAAUCUCAACAAAAUGGUUCUGGACCAGAAUCUUUAACACACAUCUUAACAGAGAAUGGUGUAAAACAGGAGUUACGUAAAUGA